CAAAGUGCAUAUUCUGUCAUUGGAUCUAUCCCACACACCUAUACUAACUCCACCUGCAGCCUAAGGUACGGAGAUAUUCACGGAAGUGAAACUUAUAGAGACACACAAGACUCGGACAUGGUCUUUAUAUUCAUAUUUUAAAUACACUAGGAUCAGAGGAAGCUACAGGAGGCACGUCUGGGUUCCCACUGUAGGACCUGGUGACUCUCCAACACUCAAACUUCCUGGGAUAAAUGGUUUGGAGCCCUGCGAAAUGCAACUAGGGAUGCGGACAUUGCAUUUGGACAUGGGAGAUGAAUGAAGGGAUGUUUAUGGCAGCUCAUUGGAAGGAAAGUACAAGCGGUAACUGAGGACAUCAAGGAGGGCACAGCCAACACCAGCAGUGGGGACACAGGUGGAGCCGGGGUGAGGCUGGCACAGUAGUGGCAAAGGAAAACCACUUGACUACCGUACCAGGCCGUUCCACCUUAACCACGGGAUAUCUAUGAGAACUGAAACUACUCUGAUACCGCUGCAAAAUGCAGGAGCAGCCAAGGACACCCUGGGCUGAAGAUUUUCCACUUCACGAUUUCAUAGAGAACCAAGACAUAAAUUGGGACUACGUGCUGGUCUGCAAACCCACAUCCACUGACAGCCCUGAAGAACAGAAGAGACAACAUUACAUUUCUGUUCUACUUAAGAAAGGCUUUAAGACCAAGAAAGUCCGGGAUGGAAAGGUAACGUUUUAUGGUGUCCGGGCCCCUACAGAUAUCUUCCACAAAUAUGUCCGGCUACUGCAUAACCCAGAUAAGGGCCACACAUCCAUUGAAAGCCCAGUUUCUCCAACAAGCAGGAUUCGAAUUGUACAUUUCAUUCUUCACAAUACUGCCAUUCUAUUCAGAGGAAAGGAAGAAAAACUGCAGGACCUUAUCAAAACGCAAGUUUUCGAGGCAGCAUUUCCUUUGCACACACGCAAAGAUCAAACCAGAGAGGGACUCAAAAAGAAAUGGGCAAGGUGGCGAGACAUCAUUUAUGUUCAGCCCAUAGAGGAAAUCAGGGCGUAUUAUGGGGAGAAAGUGGCGCUGUAUUUUGCCUGGCUCGGCUGGUACACCAUCAUGCUACUCUACGCUGCUGUGGUCGGACUCAUUGUUUUCUUUUAUGGAUUUGUACAUUUUGACAACAGCCAGAUAAGCCAAGAGAUCUGCACAGCCAACAACACACUCAUGUGUCCUCUGUGUGAUCAGAACUGCCCCUACUGGCCCCUGUCGGAUACCUGUACAUAUGCCAAGGUGACACAUUUGUUUGACAAUGAAGGCACCGUUUUCUUUGCCAUGUUCAUGGCCGUUUGGGCCACUGUUUUCCUGGAGCUGUGGAAAAGAGCGCGUGCAAAUACCGUCUCCGGGUGGAACCUCUAUAACUGGGACGAAGAUGAGGAGGAGCUCGCCUUGGAGCUGAUAAAUGACCCAGAAUGCACCAUUAAGAAGCAUGAACAUUCAUACUGGCGCUCUAUGGCAGUUCUUUUGGGAGCUGCAGUGGUGAUAGCAGUUCUGAUCGGUAUAGCCCAGGCUCUGGUCAUAUAUCGGGUGGUGGUGACUGUGUCCUUCAUGCGCUCAUCAUGGGAAUUCCUACGUGAACAUGCCAAUACCGCAGCCGUCAUGUCAGGGGCAGUUCUGCAUUACCUCACUAUCGUCAUCAUGACCAAGGUGAAUCGGGUUAUAGCCGGCUAUCUGUGUAACCUGGAGAAACCUCGAACAUUCACAGAGCGAGAAAACAGUUUCACAACCAAAGUGUUCACAUUUCAGUUCGUUACACAUUUUUCAUCUCUCUUCUACGUGGCUUUCUUUCUGGGACGGAUUAAUGGGUACCCGGGAAACUAUGUGAGAAUCGCGGGGCAGUGGAGGCUUGAGGAGUGCCAUCCCAGUGGCUGCAUCACAGACCUGUUCAUACAGAUGUGCGUGAUCAUGGUCCUCAAACAGACGCUUAGUAACUGUGUGGAAUAUCUAUCCCCGUACUUUAGCUACAAAUGGCGCCUUAUGAAGGAUCGGAGAUGCAGGGUGCAUGGGGAGGAUGGAUCUGAAGACUCCGCAGCAGAGUGUUGGAGGACCAACUACAGGCUGGGUGCUGUUCAUGUCUUCAGCCUGUUUGAUGAAUUCCUUGAAAUGGUGAUCCAGUAUAGCUUUACUACAAUCUUCGUGGCUGCUUUCCCUCUGGCACCGGUUCUUGCCUUUUUAAACAAUGUACUAGAGAUACGACUGGACGCCAUCAAAAUGACACGUUUGCAACGCCGUUUUGUGCCGAGAAAAGCAAAUGACAUAGGUAUCUGGCUGCAGGUUCUGGAGGCAGUUGGGGUUCUUGCUGUCAUUACCAAUGGUUUGGUCAUUGCUGUCACAUCUGACUUCAUCCCCAGGCUCAUAUACCUCUAUGUUUAUGGACCUUGUGCCAAUGGAAACACAGAAGGAAUAAACUGUCUUUCGGGAUACGUUGAUUCCAGUUUGUCUGUAUUCUACACAAAAGAUUUUGAGGAUCUGACGCAGGUCUCGCGGUCUCUGUGCACGAAUGUGACAGAGUGCAGGUACCGAGACUAUCGCUCUGCAGCCGAUUACAGCUUUUCAACACAGUUUUGGCACAUUUUCGCUGCCAGACUUGGUUUUCUCAUUGUGUUUGAGCACGUGGCCGUAUGUAUAAAAUUUGUCGCCGCCUGGUUUGUGCCAGACAUCCCUCAGCGAGUGGAAAACUAUAACCUUGACAUGAAAAAGCAACACCUGCUGGAGGAGCUCAGUAUGAUGCCAGAGGAAAGUGAUGAAUAUCACAAGGAGGGCAGCCCCAAUUCUUACAGGGAUUUUCUUAUGGACGACAGAAUGAUAGAACGUUCUACGGAGGUGUGAGAGGACGCCUGGCUCAGAGCAAUGAGAUACCGUGGAACUGGGACCUUUCUAUAGAUGUACAAAGCCUGCUCAAAGCACAGUGCUGGCAUAAGGCUGCUGGCUGGCCCCACACUUCAUUAUUGUUUUUUUAAUUCUAUUUUUUUGUAAAAUAAAUGUUUUUUUUUAUUACAAA